GCGAUGCGAUUGGCCGAGAAGAACACAUUCGCAAGAACUCUCGUCGAAGGUCGCUGUUCGGUCUCCCAUCUGCAGAUCACCAAAAGCUAUCCAGAAAUUUAAGAAUAAGAGAAAACAGUGCUGAUUUCAAUCACAACAACGGACAAAACCCCCAAUCAUUGAUUCCAAUUACUUCCUCAAUUUUGUAAGUAUCUCAAAUUUUCAUUCCCUCCUAAUUAGGUUUUUUUUUUUCCACUUCGCUGUUUCAGUUUGAAGUCGCUGUCGAAUACUUUACGUUGUCAUCGAUUCCUUUCUUUUAGGGUUCUACUUCUCAUUGUUUCGACGGAGGUAAAAACCCUUGUCGGGUCGGGGCGCAAUUUUGCUGCAAUCGAUGUUUUUGUUUUGAACGUAAUAAGUCUACUUCUUGGUGGGGGAUUCUGAGGGCUUUGUCUCAGUUCAGGCAUUGGUGAGUUUGGUGAAGUGAAAAUGCUCCCGAGGAAAGACAGUUCUCGUAUAGACACUUUGGAGCUGAAAGCGAUGAUCUAUCAGAAGCUUGGACAUCAGAGAUCGGAGAAAUAUUUUGAUCUGCUCAAAAGAUUGUUGAGUUUAAAGAUUAGCAAAAGCGAAUUCAACAGGUUUUGCAUUCAGAUCAUUGGGAGGGAGAUUGUACCUCUCCAUAAUCGGCUUAUUAGAGCAAUUCUUAAGAAUGCUUGUGGGGCUAAAGCUCCACCUGUUUUUAGAAGUUCCAGGAAAGUUGGAGGCAAUCUCAGUGUAAAAGUUUCGAAUGGGUAUCAGCGGAGUUGUCUGCAAUCACUCCACGGAGAUGCGUUCCUUUCUUCCCCACGGAAGGGGAGGUCACCGGUCAAUAGAGACCGUAAGAUUCGAGAUCGCCCGAGUCCUCUCGGGCCAUGUGGGAAGCCCCAGAGUCUUGCACAGGAAGAAUUUGCUUUCAAGGCACAGGAACAGCAAAGUGCAACUGAGUUGCAUUCUCUUGGCAGCCGUCCUCCUGUCGAAAUGGCGUCGGUAGAAGAAGGGGAAGAGGUUGAGCAGAUGGCUGGAAGUCCAGGAGUUCAGAGCAGGAGCCCGGUUACUGCUCCGCUUGGUAUAUCCAUGAACUUCAUUGGAUGUGGAAAAACUCUGUCUAAUGUGUCUGUGGGAAGAAAUUACCAUAUAACAACAUGCCAGAAUGGUGGCGAGCUACCCGACACGAGGUCAUUAAGAACUCAUUUGAAGCAGAAGUUGGAAACAGAGCAGAUGGACAUAUCUGUCGAUGGUGUAAAUCUUCUGAACAAUGCACUAGAUGUUUAUUUAAAGAGGUUAAUAGAGCCAUGUUUGAGUUUCUCUCAGUCAAGGUGCGAACGAUCGAGAUUUACAGGCCAUCAACUGAUAACUGGCUCAAGAUAUGCAUUCCAAGAACAACUCAAACAUAGAGCUCAACAACCUAAUAAUGUAUCCUUGUUGGAUUUCCAUGUCGCAAUGCAACUGAAUCCUGAACUACUCGGGAAAGACUGGAUGAUACAGCUCGAAAAAGUCAGUUUACAAGCUUCGGAAGAGUGAAGUAGCCAAGCUGGUCUGACCAUAUCGCAUCUAAAUCAGAAAGUAUAGUAGCUGAAUAUAUUCAAAAGGUGAUCAUAUAUUGUGAAUAAUUUUGAUGGUUCUGCGGUCUCUGAAAGUUUCUUGCAAUUUUUUGUAAUUCUUGUUAGUGAGGAGGAUAGGUUUUAAGAUCCAUUAGGAGCCUUAAAUCAAGUUGAUUAGGUUACAUGUAGAUAAAAGGCUCCAAUGAUCGUUGUCCUGAGGAAUAUGUUUAUGAUAUAAUAAAGCAUACAACUUCA